AUGAAAAAAUUAGUAAAUGAAAAUAUUAUUGUUUAUACAAAAGACAUAGAUACAAAUAAGAUUACUUUUCCAAAAGAAGGGAUAUAUCGAGUAGGAAUGUAUUUACUUUCUACUGAAUCUUUUUGUUUACCUUUUUAUUGGAAUGGCUCCAGAAAUGAAGCGGAUUUUAUUGAGUUUCCUUAUUUUUGUUUUGGUAUAAAUGUAAAUAAGAAGAUGACUUCUUCUUUGUAUGAACUAGAAAAACCACCAAUAUCUAUUACAGAACUAACAUUAUCUUGUUUGUCUGAUGAGCAAUUUGAACGAGUUGUUUGUUUUCCAGGGAAAUUCUUCAAAUUUUUGUAA